AUGCAGAAAUGGGAGCAGCGUGGGGGGAGGGGCAGAGCUCUGACUUCCAGCCUGACCCUCCACCCUCGUGCAGCCUCAGCCCUUUCUGCUCCGGGGUUUCCUCGCCUGCUUUGGAGGCUCGUCCCCAGGGGUGCCCAGCUUUGCACCGGCCUCAGCUGCUGGGCUGCAGUGGUCCCCGGAGUCACCAGGGGGCACAGCACGGUAACUGUCCCGCUUGGGCAGAACUGUGGCGCAGUGCCGAGCCUAGGUGAAUCCGCCACCGCCACCGCAUCCCUUCUCCAAAGGUUGCGGCGGGGGCGAAGUGGUCGGGUCACUUUCCCUGAGAGCCUAAGGGACAGCGUGGCCUCCUUGUCAGUGUCCCCCUCCCCCGUCCCCCGCCCGCCAGCACCCCAGUUCCCGGCGGCGCCGGGGCCCUGGCUGCGCAGACCGCUCUUCAGUCUGGAGCUGUCAGACGUGGAGGACGUCUUCCCGCGCCGCGCGGGGCCGCUCGAGGUCCCAGCGGACAGCCGCGUGUUCGUGCAGGCAGCCCUGGCCCGACCCUCCCCGCGCUGGGGUCUGGCCCUUCACCGCUGCUCAGUGACGCCGUCCUCGCGCCCGGCCCUGGGGCCAGCCCUGGCGCUGCUGCGCGGGGGCUGCCCUGCCGACGCCUCGGUCACCUUCCCCCCACCGCCGCCGCGCCCGGGUGCCACCAGCCCAGCGCGCUUCAGCUUCCGCCUGCGCCCGGUGUUCAACGCCUCGGUGCAGUUCCUGCACUGCCAGCUGAGCCGCUGCCGCCGCCGGGGAGUCCGCCGGGCUGCGCCUCUGGCGCCGCCGUCGUCAUCGCGGUGCCUGCCUCAGGAUGAGGCGUGCGCGGGCGCCAUCAGUGGGAGCAGCGAGAGCCUGGGUGCUGACAGCCCCCACCUGCACACGCUGACACAGCCCAUCGUGGUCACCGUGCCGCGGCCGCCCCCCAGGCCCCCCAAGGUCGUCCCGGGCCGCGCUGCCGUGCGCCCCGAGCCUCCCGCGCCGGCCCCCGCGGCCCUGGAGCCCGCGCCGGUGGUGGCGCUGGUGUUGGCAGCCUUCGUGCUGGGCGCUGCCCUGGCCGCCGGGCUGGGCCUCGUCUGCGCGCACUCAGGUACCGACCUCCGCCACGCCCAGACCUCUGCCCGGCCCCCCCAGUCUAUUCCUGAGCGUUAGGACCGGGGUCGCGGCGAUCCAGUGGCCCUGACUCCGCUACGCCCGCAGCAGCCCCCAGAGGGCGCCCUGACCCUGGCGCCGCGCGCCGCCACCCCGACCGCAGCCUGCCUGUCUUGCAGCGCCCCCGCCCCCCGGCCCGCUCCCGAGAGCCUCGCCCGGCGACACCCAGCCCAGGAGGCCCCAGUGAGGCAGCAUGAACCUGAGAUGCACUCACCCGCGGCUUUAGCCUCUCCAGGACUGGACCCGCUGCCCUGGACUCCGACCCGAUGGGACCGCUGCCCCUACGCUUCUCCCCUCCUCCACUUCCU